GUCACAACUACAGUCAAAAUAAAAGAAGAAAUUGCAGGUCUGCACUGCACAUAGGCAAAGAGGGUUUAAGCCAAGGUUUUGGCUCCUUGUCGUCUUCAACCUCUGUUGAACUGCUCCUUGCUCCGAAACGACGACGUUAAGCUGUUGAAGUUCAGGAUAAACUAUUCAAGUGAGCUCUCAAAUUUCUCUCUCUAUCAAUAUGUUUUAUUCAAUCACUGCUAUUGCUCUGUAGUUAGUUGAUGAAAAUCAAACCCAGAAAAUGACCUAAACCCUUUGAGCUCCCAAUCCCAAAAUGCAUCGCCGCCUUUCCAUUUUCACCCACAAACUUCUCAAAAAUUCUAAUUCUAUCCUCAACACCACCACCAAGCACACCACCACCUUCUUCCUCUGCUCCCAUUUCAACCCCUCAAAUCCUAGGGCCGGUGGGUUCGCCUUUUGCCGCUUUCUUUCAUACUCUCCGGUGAGCCGGCGGCCACCUGAUCCUGAAGACCCCUCCAACUUGAUCAAAGAAGAUGGGGUUUCGGUUAUAUCCCAAAUGUGGAUUGAGAAUUUUCGAGAACCUGAUAGGAUUGCGACCAAUUUGUCCUCUUAUCUUCGGCGGUUGGAGUUGUGGGUAUUGGCGUACCAGAAGGUUUGUGCUGAUGAGAUGGGUGCGUAUAUGCCCCGCAGUGCAAUACAAAGGGCAGCUCUUGAGGACUUGUUAGCACUUCGUAAUGCUGUUCUUGACAGUAGGUUUAGGUGGGGGGCUAGACUAGAAUUCUAUAUAAAAUCACCCAAGGAUAAGACCGAUUACCAGUCAUUGUCAAAGAGGAAAAUUAAGGCCAUCUUGACGACCACACAGCCAACCCCAUUUCAAGAUAGGUUAGUUCAGGAAGUGCUGCUUAUGAUUUUGGAGCCGAUAUAUGAGUCUCGGUUCUCGCAAAAGUCAUUUGCGUUUAGGCCUGGGAGAACCGCACAUACUGCGUUGAGGGUGAUUAGGAGGAGUUUCGCAGGGUACUUGUGGUAUAUCAAGGGCGAUUUGAGUACCAUCUUGGAUGGGACGAAGGUGGGGUUGGUGAUAAAUGCUUUGAUCAGGGAUGUGAGGGAUAAGAAGGUGAUUGAUUUGUUGAAGGCGGCCUUGGUUACACCGGUGAUCGCGACUAAGGAUGAUGGGGUGGAGAAGAAGAAAAAGAAGAGGAAAUAUCAGAAGAAGAGGGUGUUGGCAGAGGAUGAACCCAAGCCAGACCCAUAUUGGUUGGAGAGCUUUUUUGGGUUUGCACCUGAGGAGGCAGAGAAGCUUCCUUCUUGGGGUCAUUGUGGGAUACUUAGUCCCCUUUUGGCUAAUGUUUGUCUAGAUGAGUUGGACCGCUGGAUGGAGGGGAAGAUCAAGGAAUUUUAUCAUCCGUCAAAGAGUGAUGUCAUAUGGAAUAGCCCGGAAGGUGAGGCAGAACAGGGAAAUACGUCUUGGCCUGAAUUUGUGCCAACAAGCGGCCCAGAUAAGACCAGAAAGAUGGAUUACAUACGAUAUGGUGGUCAUAUUUUGAUUGGUGUCCGAGGACCUCGAGCAGAUGCCGCUACAUUGAGAAAACAGUUGAUUGAGUUUUGUGAUCAGAAGUACAUGCUCAAGCUUGAUAAUGAGAGCCUCCCUGUAGAACACAUAACAAAGGGUAUAAUGUUUCUAGAUCAUGUGUUGUGUCGCAGAGUUGUGUACCCAACGCUUCGUUACACUGCUACUGGUGGGAAAAUUAUUAGUGAGAAGGGUGUUGGCACUCUUUUGUCAGUUACAGCAAGCUUGAAACAGUGCAUCAAGCAAUUUAGGAAGUUGAGCUUUCUGAAGGGGGAUAGGGAUCCAGACCCACAGCCUUGUUUCAGAAUGUUUCAUGCCACCCAAGCUCAUACUAAUGCACAAAUGAACAAGUUUCUGUCCACAAUGGUUGAGUGGUAUAAGUAUGCAGAUAAUCGGAAAAAAAUUGUGAACUUUUGCUCUUACAUAUUAAGGGGUUCACUUGCAAAGCUCUAUGCAGCAAAAUACAAGCUCCGUUCGCGUGCAAAGGUGUACAAGAUAGGUUCUAGGAAUUUGAGUCGUCCUUUGAAGGAGAAGAAGGGGCAGUCACCUGAGUACCAUAAUUUGUUGAGGAUGGGUCUUGUUGAGUCAAUUGAUGGGCUUCAGUAUACCAGGAUGUCUCUUGUACCUGAGACUGAUUACAGCCCUUUCCCAAAUAACUGGAGACCUGAUCAUGAGAAGGCAUUGCUCGAAUAUAUAAGGCUUGAUGAUCCGAAAACUAUAGAGGAGCAGCGUAGUUGCAUCAUGGAUCAAGGUCUUGUUUCACCUCAGGAUUACAUUUCAAUGCUUGUUUGGAACUACAAAAGGAAUGCUGUCAUGAUGGAUCAACUUUCCUUGGCCAAUAGUGGUAGCAGCAUUAAUACUGAAAGAGAUCAACUAUUGCUGCUGGGGUCGAACCAAGAUAAACUUGAACACAGGACUAAAGAAGAAGAGGAAAAUGGUGAACGGUUUAGUGUAUCACAAAUGUAAAAAUUUUACUGGCACAGUAUUUUGCUGAAGUUAUUCAUUUGGUACGUCAUUAUGAUGGCUUUUUACUGGCACACAUGCGGGCAAGUUAUAGAAAUGUUAGCUGAAUGUUGUCAGCAAGGCAAUGAUAUUUGGUUAGUUA